UCUCAUUACCUGUUAUAGUGCUCCUCUUCAGGAGGACAGCCCAGGGCCUGCGCAACGAGUGGAGGCUUGCAUUCAAAUGGCUGACGCGUCUUCGUCUCUCCAGAGCGGCUAUGACUUGGUUUCUCGUCAGUAUCACAAUCUGAACAUGUCAGUCAAGCUCUGACAUGCAUACAGGGCUACGCGCUGAACUGCUAGAAGAGUCCAAGGCUCGCACCCAAGCGGAAGGAGCUGUUUUGCAAGGACAUAUCACGCGGGAAAAGCUCGAAAAAGAACUUGCAGAAUUACGCUAUACUCAGACCGUCAUACAGCAGCAGUAUGCCGCCGCUCAGGUGUGGACCUCGCAAAUCGCAGCCUACUACGAGGAUGUGAAACGUCAGACCGAGGCAGCCGCAGCCCAAGAGCGCGAGGAACGCACGCAGCUCCAAAAGCUGCUCGACGAGGAGCGAGCUAAUGUUCAGCGGCUCAAGGCGCGGUUUAACGAAGAGAAGUCUGAGCGGCUGCGCCUUGUGCAUAUGCUCGAGAUCGAGACUAUCAGCCGUAACCGUAUGGAGCAGCUACUCGACUCUCGGACAAAGGGGUAUCAGGCCGAACAGCAUGCGCUCUCUGACGCGAAUGCCGCAAAGGGUGCACUGGAGGAGGAAGUUGCGAAGCUGCGCGCCGCGCUCGACGCUGAGAUCCGGCGGUGCACAGGUCUAGAGGAGUCGCUGAAAGCAGAGAAGAAGCAGUCGCUGCAUCUCAGCAACUUGCUCAAAUGUAUCGAACGGGAGCGGCAGACACCGUUCUUGGUCCUGGCGAUCCUGGAUGUCUUCACGCUCAUCUCAGGCAUCACCGAUAGCGUCCUCGGCGACACCGCACCGUGAGGCACCUUGUACUCUUUUAUUUUGGUCCGUUCUGCAUGGCUUCAUCCCAUCCUUUCUCAGCAUAUUCAUUCCCCUCUGUUUGCAGUCCGUGAAGCUUGAAGCCUUCUGGCCGCUACCUUCACCUCCUAAUACCCUUUUCCGCCUCACCAACAUUUGGAGCAACAACAUACAACAGCAUAGAGUAAUUACUGUAAUUAGUUUGACAACUAUCCGCUUGUAUCACACCCAAACACGCCCGACUUCC